ACGAAUAAAAAGCGAAGGGGUGUCCGAGUUUUGAAGGAGAGAGAGAGAGACGCAUUUGUAACGACAAGAAGCAGAAGGUGUAGUAAUACUGAGUGGUCAAAUUAAGGAUCGGGAUUCAGGAAUUUCCAUUCUGAGACACACAGAAGAACAGAAAGAAACUCCUUUUAAUUUUCAAUUUCAAGUCAAGAUCGAUCUGACAUCAUAGAAAAUGACCAUGGAUGUCGUUCAGCUGCAGAGGAAGCUGCGCGAACACCAAGCCGCUAUGUUUCAACAGGGUUUUUUGGAUGAUCAGUUCAGCCAGCUUCAGAAACUGCAAGAUGAGAGCACUCCAGAUUUUGUGAUUGAGGUUAUCACUAUGUUCUUUGAUGAUUCUGAGAAUCUCCUAAAAAACAUGGCACGUUGUCUAGAACAAGUGCCAGCUGAUUUCAAACAAAUAGAUGCUCAUGCUCAUCAGUACAAGGGAAGCAGUGCCAGUAUUGGUGCUGCUAGAGUUAAAAAUGUGUGCGCCACCUUCAGAGCUUUUUGUGAGGCUAAGAACCAGGAAGGAUGUAUGAGAUGUCUAUCACAGUUGCAACAGGAGUACUCUCUACUGAAGAACGCUCUACAGUACUUAUUCAGUCUGCAGCAACAAAUCAAGGCUGCUGGUGGUUCCAUUCCCACACAAUAGAGUAGAUGAGUGAUAAAAAAGUGAAGCUUUUGAUGGAGCUGCUGAUUUUGUUCUUUUUUUAUCUUUUCCUGGAUUACUCGUUCAGAAUUACGUCCAAGGUUUGAACGAUGGAUUAUGGUGCUGAUAUGAUGAAUAAACAUUUCUUGCCUAGUUUGUCGCAUACAUACAUGAUAUUAUAUUAUUCUUCUCCACUAAACUGUAGUUAAGUUUGAAGUUUCCUAUGUUUACUCGUUAGGGUGAUAAUGUUUAUCGUUCACUCAUUUGUUAAAGUAAAUGCGUAUAUUUGUAGUGUUUAGCUCUUUGAACUCUUCUGUUCACUUCAAAGAAUUUAUUUGGAAAGUGUGGAAUUAAUAGCCCUUCAACUGUAAGAGAUAUGUUUGUAAGGUUAUUAGUUUGAAAACAGCGGUACGCAAAUUCUUGUACUAUUUUA